AUGUUCUUUGAAUUGGCCGUUGUUGCUGCGGCGGCCACUGACGGCGCGCCCAGCAGCGUGCUUGCUGAUGCCCGCGCCAUUGUCAUUGGUGUGCCACGCCCCGACGACACGGGCGGGUCUCCGAGACUUGAUGUCUACGUGGCAGCUGGCCACGGCUCGAUCUUUGAGUUUGGGAAGCUCACGCCCGCCGCGGUAUCGCUCGGCUUCAGGGGUGCAACUCCUGCGACAGUCGUCGGGGCCCCGCCAGGCAGCAUUGCAAAGGUGGACAGCUCCGGCUCACCACCCGUGGUCAGCAUCCUGCGCAUCUCACCGGCUGGGUUGCCCGCAUCGGGACGCCUCUGCACCGUCACCUUUGCAGCCGGAUCGGCGCAGGGCGUGAUCGAAAUUGCCUAUGACCGGCCAGAGAGCACGUGGGUGGAGGUGGGUGCCAGCGCCUCGGCCACGCGCGUCUCCUUUGCGACGGGCAACGGUCCUGGGUUCGUGGUGCUUUCCGGUCGUGACCGAGAGCGUCAAGUGCGUAUCUUUGCUCAGCUUGACCACGUGCGCUCCCUGCAGCUGGCCUUCAACGGGCCGGCGGCUGGUGAGAGGGCGCUUGUGAGGCCGCGAUCGAGCUACACGACAAGCAAGCAGACGCAGAUCUCCGCCUUUUCGGGCGGCCGAAGGAUAGGGUGGGGCUGUUUCAGCCCGCCAUUCAUGAUUCCGAGCGGGGAGGUCCUCGGUGUCUUGACCUUCAGCGUGCCAUUCUCGCUCCACCACUUUGACCUCGCGUCGAGCGACGCGCUGGUCGAGUCCAAGGCCUUCAAGCCUCUCGAGAUGGUGAUCGUGGACGGGGGCGGGGCGUUCCUUGGAGGGGACGAGGUGGCCUUACAUGCACACGACGAGCUGUAG